GCGCAAGCAACUCCAGGGACUGACCAUAACAGUUUGUUUUGUGGCAAAUUGAACGAAAUUGUGCUCUAAAUGGGAAGAUAUACGUGUGCCUACAACUGCGAAAGCUCCAACGAGUCAGAUAUAAAGUAUUUUAAGUUUCCUCUGUACAAUCCGAGAAAACUGAAGAAAUGGCUUACCAACAUGAAUUUGAAGGACUGGACCCCAUCGCGCUUCUCUGUGCUGUGCAGCAAUCACUUUGAGGAUCAGUACAUUGACAGAACAGGCAAAUGUGUGAAACUCAAAGAAGAUGCCGUUCCCACCAUUUUUUCAUCCCCUGGCAAUGCACAGAAAAGAAAGGCUUCCAUCAAGCCAAGAAGUAAGAGAAACAAGCCACCCGAUGUUAAAGCCUCAGAGUCGAGUCCAGCUCAGGCCUCAACAACCACUACUGCCCCUGCAAAGAGAAGAGUCCAGAACAAAGAGUCCAGCCAGACAGAGGAGGAGCCUGCUGGGUAUGUUACUGUAAACAGAGACAAAGACCCAAAAAAGUCAAAUGACAAAUGGAGGAUUAUCGUAGAUGAAGGGCUGAUGAAGAUAGAGUCAUUUCCACAUUUCUUCCAUGGAGAUUAUUGCGUACCACGGGAUAUUCAGUGGGCUCCUGAUGAUAAUUUUAAUACAGAAUGUGAAGAUCCUGAAAAGGUGAUAGAGGUGAAAGAGCCGUGGCAGUGGCUUGGUCUGGAUGUCCGAGGACCGCUGCCCCAAACACUGAAUGGACACAAAUACAUUUUGACUGUGACAGACUACUACUCCAAGUGGGUGGAAGCUAUGCCUAUGCAGUCGUGCUUCCCUUCAUAUGUGGCAAAGCACAUCACGGACAUCAUAGCUCAUUUUGGAUAUCCGCUCAGAAUCCUCUCCAGACUGCCUCAUGACAUAGUCCACAAAAUCAACAGAGAGCUGAAAGAUCAGCUGAAGGUCACCGUCGCUCUUGUCAUCUAUCAUCAACAGACUGGCACUGUAGAUUUGGUCACACAGCAGAUAAUCGACAGGAUGGUUAGUGAUCUAAUAGAGGAGCAUGCACCUGACUGGGACGUCUACCUCCCUGCCAAAGUUUUCAGUCUGUGUUUCAAAGAGCAUUCAAAGACUAAGGAAAGGCCCUUUUCAGUGCUCUGCUGUACGGGACUGGAGCCCGUCAAAUCCCCCAGAGGACUGAGUUACACUUAUUCCAAGAUCCGAGAGAGUGCUUUCGUCGUUAGAUAGAAACUCAAAGUUUUGUUGGUCAGUUGAUGUGGAAGAGAAACUGGGCCUGGUUUCUUUGACCAAACCAGGGGGGGAGGGUAUUGUUUGGUUCUGAGGGAACUUUGAUUUUUGAGGAUUGUCAUGGAAAAGUGCUGGAAUUCUCUUUUACUUCAUGGACAUAGAAGGAAUGUUGUAACCCUGAUAGUUUGACGAGGAUGAGGACUUGUCCACUGGACAGGUAAUGCCAAUACCUGCAGAUUUCUACAGCAUAUCCCAUUCUUCCAGUGACUCAAUUUCAUUUUCAACCUUUGUUGGCCCACCAGUUCAGUACAGUAUUAUUAUUAUUAUUAUUAUUAUUUUUUUUCUAAUUUAAUAUGUCUUAAAAUACUAAAGACCAUGACUGAGAGUGCAGUUCGGCACCAGAAGGAAAGUCAAACUAAAUACAGGUCUCUAUAUGUUCAAGUCAUGACCAGAAGUUUAGAACAGUGAUGUUAGUUUGGGCUUGAGCCAUAUGAGUCCCAUUGAUAUAAGUUUAAGUUUUACAUUGGGAUCUGUUUGCAUUUUGUAAAUUGUACAGAGUUAUAUUUUCCAAGAAAAAAAAGGCAGCUGUGCAUUAAUUGGUGUUGUUUGAUGCAUGCAGAAUGUAAACCAUGUAAAUAAAUUUGCUUUGAAUAAUAAUUGUUUUGGUUAUACAUGCAGUAUGCAAAUUAGACAAAAAAUUCAGCAGUACAUAUUGACGGAACCACGACUUGUUUUCAACUGUUUUGAUAUGUGUUCCCAAGUUAGUAUUUACGAAUGAUCGUUGAGCACAUGCAGUAUAGGG